ACCGCCGCUGAGAGGAGCCACUGGCGACGCCAGAGCCGGGAGUCCGGGUGUCUGAGGGCGUGGGCAAAAGAUGAAGCCAAUGAAGAAGGCGUGCACUGGCCUCCCGGGUCCUGGCAGUGGCGGCGGCAAGUCCCCACCAGCCACCAGGGCCAAGGCCCUGAGGCGGCGAGGGGCUGGGGAGGGUGACAAGCCAGAGGAGGAGGAGGAGGAGGCACAACAGCAGCAGCAUCCAGGGCCAGAAGAGGCUGAGGAGGGCGAGGAGGAGGAGGCGGCUGAGCAGGGCCCUGGGCCGGAGGGGCCACCCCCAGAGCUGCACCCUGAUGACCCGACCCCGGGCCCAGCUGAGGACCCCAAGGGGGAGGGAGAGGCAGGUCGCUGGGAGCCCUCACUCAGCCGCAAGACAGCCACGUUCAAGUCGCGAGCGCCCAAGAAGAAGUAUGUGGAGGAGCACGGGGCCGGCAGUGGCGGGGUUGCUGGGGCACCUGAUGAGCGGGCGCGGACGCCCGAGGAGGCCAGCACCUUGGGUUUGCCUCCACGGCCACCCACCUCCACCCGCUCCUCAUCUACCGACACAGCCAGCGAGCACUCAGCCGACCUGGAGGAUGAGCCCAUGGAGGCCUGUGGGCCUGGGCCCUGGCCCCCCAGAGCCACCAGCAGCAGCUACGACCUGCGGCAGCUGCGGUCCCAACGGGUACUGGCUCGGCGUGGUGACGGCCUUUUCUUGCCGGCUGUGGUGCGCCAGGUGCGCCGAAGCCAGGACCUGGGCGUGCAGUUCCCUGGUGACCGGGCCCUGACCUUCUACGAGGGGGUGCCCGGCAGUGGUGUGGAUGUGGUUCUAGACGCCACGCCGCCCCCAGGGGCGCUGGCAGUGGGCACCGCUGUUUGCACCUGUGUGGAGCCCGGUGUGGCUGCCUACCGUGAGGGGGUAGUAGUGGAGGUGGCCACCAAGCCAGCUGCCUACAAGGUCCGCCUCAGCCCCGGCCCCAGUGCCCAGCCGGGCCCUCCACCCACCCUACCACAGCCCCUACACCGCGAGCCUGAGGAGGCCGUGUGGGUGGCCCGCUCCAGCCUGCGCCUGCUGCGGCCCCCCUGGGAACCCGAAACCCUGCCGAGGAAACCUGCCACAGGCCCCGAGGAGGAGCAGGCUGAGCCCGGGGUCACCCUGCCGCCUUGCCCUGCUGCCCUGGAUCCCAAGCAGCCCGAGGAUGCCGAGGUAUCCAAGAUCAGCUUUGGCAGCAACCUGGGGUCUUGUGAGGAGGGCGAAGAGAAGCACCCGCCAGCCCUGGGCACCCCAGCCUUGCUCCCACUGCCUCCACCCCAGCUCCUCUCGCCGCCCCCCAAGUCUCCAGCCUUCACGGGCCCAGGCCGCCCUGGAGAGCAGCCCUCGCCCUGCCAGGAAGGGAGCCAGGGCGGCAGUCGGAGCAGCAGUGUGGCCUCCCUAGAGAAGGGGGCAGCGCCAGCAGCCCGGGCUCGUACGCCAUUAACAGCCGCUCAGCAGAAGUACAAAAAGGGCGACGUGGUCUGCACACCCAAUGGAAUCCGCAAGAAGUUCAAUGGCAAGCAGUGGCGUAGGCUGUGCUCGCGAGAUGGCUGCAUGAAGGAGUCGCAGCGACGGGGCUACUGCUCGCGCCACCUGUCCAUGCGAACCAAGGAGAUGGAAGGCCUGGCGGACAGUGGGCCAGGAGGGCCUGGGCGGCCAGCUGGUGUGGCAACCCGAGAGGGCAGCACUGAGUUCGACUGGGGUGAUGAGACGUCGCGGGACAGUGAGGCCAGCAGCGUGGCAGCCCGGGGAGACUCACGCCCACGCCUGGUGGCCCCUGCUGACCUGUCCCGCUUUGAGUUUGACGAGUGUGAGGCGGCUGUGAUGCUGGUGUCUCUGGGCAGCUCACGCUCGGGCACGCCCUCCUUCUCCCCCGUCUCUACGCAGUCGCCAUUCUCACCUGCCCCAUCACCCUCACCCUCGCCGCUCUUCGGCUUCCGCCCUGCUAACUUUAGCCCCAUCAAUGCCUCCCCGGUCAUCCAACGCACUGCUGUUCGCAGUCGCCACCUAAGCGCCAGCACCCCUAAAGCUGGCGUGCUGACGCCACCAGACCUGGGCCCCCAUCCGCCACCACCUGCCCCACGGGAGCGCCAUUCCUCUGGCAUCCUGCCCACCUUCCAGACCAACCUGACCUUUACUGUGCCCAUCAGCCCUGGGCGGCGGAAGACGGAGCUGCUGCCCCACCCAGGGGCACUGGGGGCCCCUGGCACUGGGGGUGGAGGAGCCGCCCCGGACUUCCCCAAGAAUGACAGCCUAGACUCUGGUGUGGACUCAGUGUCCCACACCCCUACGCCCUCCACGCCGGCCGGCUUCCGGGCUGUGUCACCUGCUGUGCCCUUUUCCCGCUCCCGCCAACCCUCGCCAUUGCUGCUGCUGCCCCCACCUGCUGGCCUGACCUCGGAUCCGGGGCCCUCCGUACGCAGGGUACCUGCUGUACAGCGAGACUCCCCCGUCAUUGUCCGCAACCCUGACGUACCGCUGCCCUCCAAAUUUCCUGGGGAGACAGGCAUUGCUGGUGAGGCCCGGGCUGGGGGACCUGGGCGGGGGUGCCGCGAGACCCCGGCACCUGCUGGGGCAGCCAGUGGGAAGCCUGGCCUGCCUCCGCCUCUACCGGCCCCCGUACCCAUCACCGUGCCUCCAGCCGCACCAACUGCUGUGGCCCAGCCGAUGCCCACCUUUGGCCUGGCUUCUUCGCCCUUCCAGCCUGUGGCCUUUCACCCCUCACCUGCUGCCCUGUUGCCUGUCCUGGUGCCCAGCAGCUACACCAGCCAUCCUGCCCCCAAGAAGGAAGUCAUCAUGGGCCGGCCUGGAACAGUGUGGACGAACGUGGAACCUCGCUCUGUGGCUGUGUUCCCCUGGCACUCCUUAGUCCCCUUCCUGGCCCCCAGCCAGCCUGACCCCUCCGUGCAGCCGAGCGAGGCCCAGCAACCUGCCAGCCACCCAGUGGCCUCCAACCAGAGCAAAGAACCUGCUGAGUCGGCAGCUGUUGCUCAUGAGCAGCCACCCGGUGGGACAGGAAGUGCUGACCCUGGGCGGCCCCCUGCAGCCACAUGUCCUGAGAGCCCAGGGCCCGGACCCCCACACACUUUGGUGGUGGUGGAACCUGGCAAGGGUCCCCCUCCCACUACGGAAGAGGAGGCCCCUGGCCCCCCAGGAGAGUCCCGGCUGGACAGCGAGACAGAGAGUGACCAUGAUGAUGCCUUUCUCUCCAUCAUGUCCCCUGAGAUCCAGUUGCCUCUGCCGCCUGGUAAACGCCGGACCCAGUCCCUCAGUGCCCUGCCCAAAGAACGGGACUCGUCUUCUGAGAAGGAUGGGCGCAGCCCCAACAAGCGGGAGAAGGACCAUAUCCGGAGGCCUAUGAAUGCCUUCAUGAUCUUCAGCAAGCGACACCGGGCCCUGGUCCACCAGCGUCACCCCAACCAGGACAACCGGACCGUCAGCAAGAUCCUGGGCGAGUGGUGGUAUGCCCUGGGGCCUAAAGAGAAGCAGAAGUAUCACGACCUGGCCUUCCAGGUGAAGGAGGCCCACUUCAAGGCCCACCCAGACUGGAAGUGGUGCAACAAGGACCGAAAGAAGUCCAGCUCGGAGGCCAAGCCCACUAGCCUAGGGCUGGCUGGAGGGCACAAGGAGACCCGGGAGCGAAGCAUGUCAGAGACGGGCACUGCUGCCGCCCCUGGAGUGUCAUCAGAACUCCUGUCUGUGGCAGCCCAGACACUCUUGAGCUCGGACACCAAGGCUCCAGGGAGUGGCUCCUGCGGGGCAGAACGGCUGCACACAGUUGGGGGGCCUGGCUCAGCCCGGCCCCGUGCCUUCUCCCACAGUGGGGUCCACAGCCUAGACGGCAGGGAAGCAGACAGCCAGGCACUGCAAGAGCUGACUCAGAUGGUGUCCGGUCCGGCAUCCUACUCUGGCCCAAAGCCCACCACCCAGUAUGGGGCUCCAGGCCCCUUCACGGCUCCUGGUGAGGGGGGCACCCUGGCGGCCAGUGGGCGGCCCCCACUGCUGCCCACCCGAGCUUCUCGUUCCCAGCGGGCAGCCAGUGAGGACAUGACCAGUGAUGAGGAGCGCAUGGUCAUCUGUGAGGAAGAAGGGGAUGAUGAUGUCAUUGCUGACGAUGGUUUCAGCACCACUGACAUUGAUCUGAAGUGCAAGGAGCGGGUGACUGACAGCGAGAGUGGAGACAGCUCUGGGGAGGACCCUGAGGGCAGCAAGGGCUUUGGCCGGAAGGUGUUCUCGCCUGUGAUCCGUUCUUCCUUCACGCACUGCCGUCCACUCCUGGACCCUGAGCCCCCCGGGCCGCCGGAUCCACCUGCAGCCUUUGGCAAGGGCUACGGCCCCACCCCAUCCUCCUCCUCGUCCUCGCCUGCCUCUGCCUCUACCUCUGCAGCCACCUCCUUCUCCCUGGGCUCAGGAACCUUCAAGGCCCAGGAGUCAGGGCAGGGCAGCACAGCAGGCCCACUACGGCCCCCGCCCCCUGGGACUGGGGGACCAUUGACACCUUCCAAGGCCACCCGGUUCCUCCCAACGGAUCCUGCCACCUUCCGACGCAAGAGACCUGAAAGCGUGGGGAGCUUGGAGCCACCAGGCCCCUCGGUUAUUUCGGCACCUCCCAGCGGGGGAGGGAACAUCCUGCAGACACUGGUCCUGCCUCCAAACAAGGAGGACCGGGAGGGCAGCAGAGCCCGCAUGCCCUCGGCCCCGGCCCCAUCGCUGGUCUACGGGGCCCCGGCAGCCCCCCUGUCCCGCCCAGCCGCCACCAUGGUCACCAACGUGGUGCGGCCUGUCAGCAGCACUCCUGUGCCCAUUGCCUCUAAGCCCUUUCCCACCUCCAGCCGGGCUGAGGUGUCUCCAAAUGACACGGCGGGUGCCAGGACUGAGACGGGCACUGGGUCCCGGGCUCCUGGGGGCUCCCCGCUGGGCGUCAGCUUAGUGUAUUCGGACAAGAAGUCGGCAGCAGCCACCUCACCAGCCCCACACUUGGUGGCUGGGCCCCUGCUGGGCACUGUGGGAAAGGCACCUGCCGCUGUCACCAACCUGCUGGUGGGCACCCCAGGUUAUGGGACCCCUGCGCCCCCUGCUGUCCAGUUCAUUGCCCAGGGGGCCCCUGGCAGUGGGGCUACUUCGGGCUCUGGGACAGGUGCUGGGAGUGGCCCCAAUGGGCCAGUGCCCCUGGGCAUCCUGCAGCCAGGUGCCCUGGGCAAGCCUGGGGGAAUCACCCAGGUGCAGUACAUCCUGCCCACACUGCCCCAGCAGCUUCAAGUGGCGCCUGCCCCAGUAGCAGCUCCUGGGACCAAGGCAGCAGCUCCUGGCGCUCCUGCACCCACCACCAGCAUCCGUUUUACCCUCCCACCGGGCACCUCCACCAAUGGCAAGGUCCUGGCUGCCACUGCACCCACUCCUGGCAUUCCUAUCCUGCAGUCCGUACCUUCUGCUCUGCCCCCCAAAGCCCAGUCGGUGUCUCCCGUGCAGGCCCCACCCCCGGGUGGCUCAGCCCAGCUGCUGCCUGGGAAGGUACUAGUGCCCCUGGCAGCCCCUAGCAUGUCAGUGCGGGGUGGAGGGGCCACCCAGCCACUGCCCUUGGUGAGCCCGCCCUUCUCGGUACCUGUGCAGAAUGGUGCCCAGCCACCCAGCAAGAUCAUCCAGCUGAGGCCAGUGCCAGUGAGCACACCCAGCGGCCUGGUGCCGCCCCCGAGCCCGGCUGCACUGCCUGGACCCACCUCUCAGCCCCAGAAGGUCCUGCUGCCCUCCUCCACCAGAAUCACCUACGUGCAGUCAGCAGGCGGGCACGCGCUGCCCCUGGGUACCAGCCCUGUGUCCAGCCAGGCUGGAACGGUCACCUCAUACGGGCCCACGAGCUCUGUAGCCCUAGGCUUCACCUCGCUGGGGCCCAGCGGCCCCGCCUUCGUGCAGCCCCUGCUCUCAGCAGGCCAAACCCCACUGCUGGCUCCUGGCCAAGUGGGCGUGUCACCUGUCCCCAGCCCCCAGCUGCCUCCUGCCUGCGCCGCCCCUGGAGGGCCCGUCAUCACGGCGUUUUACCCUGGCAGCCCCGCACCCACCUCCUCAGCACCCCUGGCCCAGCCGUCCCAGGCCCCCCCAGGCCUGGUCUACACUGUGGCCACCAGCACCACCACCCCUGCUGCUGCCAUCCUGCCCAAGGGCCCACCGGCCCCUGCCACUGCCACCCCAGCCCCCACCAGCCCCUUUCCUAGUGCCACAGCAGGCUCCAUGACUUACAGCUUAGUGGCCCCCAAGGCCCAGCGGCCAACCCCCAAGGCCCCUCAGAAAGUGAAGGCGGCCAUCGCCAGCAUUCCCGUGGGCUCCUUCGAGGCAGGUGCCCCUGGGCGGCCUGGCCCUGUACCCCGGCAGCCCCUGGAGCCUGGCCCAGCCCGUGAGCCAACUGCCCCUGAGUCUGAGCUUGAGGGGCAGCCAACAACUCCAGCCCCUCCACCACCCCCAGAGACCUGGGCUCCCACAGCCCGGAGCAGCCCCCCGCCGCCCCUGCCUGCUGAGGAGCGGACCAGCAUCAAGGCCCCUGAAGCCACAGCCAGCAAAUUCCCUAGCUCAUCCUCAGACUGGCGAGUCCCUGGGCUGGGCCUGGAGAGUCGUGGGGAGCCUCCCACCCCUCCGAGCCCAGCCCCGGCUCCGGCCGCUGGUGGCAUCAUUGGCAGCAGCGAGGGCAACAGCGGGAGGGCGACCGGGGAGACCCCCGAGCGCAAGGAGGUGGCUAGUACCGGCAAGAAGGUGAAGGUGCGGCCCCCGCCCUUGAAGAAGACCUUUGACUCUGUGGACAACAGGGUCCUGUCAGAGGUGGACUUCGAAGAGCGCUUUGCUGAGCUGCCUGAAUUUCGGCCUGAGGAGGUGCUGCCCUCUCCUACGCUGCAGUCUCUGGCCACCUCGCCCCGGGCCAUCUUGGGCUCCUACCGCAAGAAGAGGAAGAACUCCACCGACCUGGACUCGGCACCCGAGGACCCCACCUCGCCCAAGCGCAAGAUGAGGAGACGCUCCAGCUGCAGCUCUGAGCCCAACACCCCCAAGAGUGCCAAGUGCGAGGGCGACAUCUUCACCUUUGAUCGGACAGGUACAGAUGCCGAGGAUGUGCUCGGGGAGCUGGAGUAUGAGAAGGUGCCGUACUCGUCGCUGCGGCGCACCCUGGACCAGCGCCGGGCCCUGGUCAUGCAGCUCUUCCAGGACCACGGCUUCUUCCCCUCAGCCCAGGCCACAGCAGCCUUCCAGGCUCGCUACGCAGACAUCUUCCCCUCCAAGGUUUGUCUGCAGCUGAAAAUCCGUGAGGUGCGCCAGAAGAUCAUGCAGGCGGCUACUCCCACGGAGCAGCCCCCGGGGGCUGAGGCCCCACUCCCCGGACCGCCCCCCACUGGCACCGCUGCUGCCCCUGCUCCCACGCCCAGCCCUGCUGGGGGCCCUGACCCCACCUCACCUGGCUCGGACUCCGGCACGGCCUCGGCCGCCCCACCACUGCCUCCACCCCCAGAGCCGGGGCCCGGACAGCCUGGCUGGGAGGGGGCCCCCCAGGCCUCCCCUCCACCCUCCGGCUCCUCCACAGCUGCCACAGGCAGGUGAGGGGUUCCUGAGAAGAUCCCAGGACCCACAGUGCCCCCCUCAGGACAUGGACAGUAUGUAGGUGGCAGGAUGGUUACCUCCCCCCCAAUAAAGCCAUUUCGUCCUUUCCAGUUUGGGGCGGAAUGAGGCCUGCUCCUCUUGUAUAUAGCCUCUCCCCCCACAGCUCCCUCCCUGUGAUGGGGGGCAGCUGAGGGGAGGCAGGGGCCCCAUCUCCCCGCACCGAGCCCCUGUACAUAUCCUGGAGUGUGUUACCUUCAGAACUUUUUCACUUGUACUUUAUGCAAAAUGGCUCGUGUGAGGGCUGCAAGCUGGAGGGUAGUGUGGGCCUUGGGCCACAGGAAGGCACCUGUGGAGUAGGGGGGGAGUUCAUGCACCCCUUUUUUCCCCAGAGGGGCUGGACUCAGGUUAGUUUGGGGGUAGGGGCUCCUGCACUUUGCCACAGGCAUGGGGAGGGUUCUCUCCCCACCCCCUCUGCCUUCCCAACUCGGGUUGUACUUUCUAAGAAGGUGAUUCCCCCUACCCUCGCCCCCACCCCAGAACAAAACAUGUUGAUCAUGUGCAAUAUUUCUUACUGUGCCGAAGCCGCAAUGACCGAGAUUAAAGCUGUUUAACACA